AUGGAACUCACACCUGCAGAACGGACUAUCUGGGCUAUCAUUGGAUUGAACUCGAUUGUGUUUGGGGCAUGGAAGGUUCCUCGCUUGACGCCCUUCAUGGAACGAUGGUUUAUGCAUCAUCCAGCUCAUGGAAAAUCUAUCACCUUGUUGACAUCGAUAUUCAGUCAUCAACACUUUUGGCACUUUGGAUUAAACAUGUUUGCACUCCAUUCGUUUGCUAUGCCGUUACAUGAACACAUGGGACGUGAGCAGUUUUUGGCGUUCUAUCUCACCACAGGUCUCACUGCUUCACUGGCAUCACAUUUAUUUACAGUCGCACGUGUAUCCUGGGCAAAAAUGAUCCCAUCAUUGGGUGCGAGCGGCGCACUGUUUGGAUGUCUUAGUUCGAUUGCCUAUCUGUAUCCUAAUGCGAGUGCGUACAUAAUUUUCUUGCCGUUUCUUUCAUUCAAAAUGCCCGUGGCUGUCGGUGCUAUGAUGGCAUUGGAUCUUGCAGGUGUCAUCAGAAACUGGAGAAUAUUUGACCAUUAUGCCCAUCUUGCUGGAUCAACAUUUGGAUUGGCCUAUAUAUAUGCUGGAAAGGAUUGUAUGUGGUCUCCAUUGCAACAAAAGGCUAUUGAGCUAAAUAAGGAUACGUAUUUAUUUGGCAAGCUAAACUCCAAAUCUCCAGCUCAGACUGAUGUAACUGGAUCAUUAGGCAAUGGCAAUGCUGAUAUGGAAGGACGUAGUGCCAAGGAGAUUGCAGUAGCAAGAUAUAACAAGAUAAAGGCAUGGUGGGAUAUAAAGCGAAGUGGUGGCGAUAGAGAAUAA